AUGGCUUCUGUAGCUCGUUUCUUGAAGGCGGUGGCUUUGUGGCUGUGCCUCUGCGCCGGCCGAGCGUUCGUUGCGCUACCAACAGCAGCACCUCGUGGGGUCGCAAGACGAGCGGUGACGGGCGAUGCAGCACGGAGUCAACAGCCCGUGGGCUGUUGCGGGUUGACACAGCAGAGGGUUUCCCAGCGCUCUCGAUGGCUUAGCAUGUCGUCGGCAACGGAUCAGGACGUGUCUACGGGGGGGGGGACGGGAACGGGAGUGCAGACGAUCGUGAAGGAGAAGGUCAAGGAGAUGGUGGAGGUGGACAACAAGGAGGAGUUGGACAAGGAGCAGUGGUGGCGAGUAAUCCUCCACAACGACGAGAUUCACACGUUUGACUACGUCACGCAGUCCAUCACCAAGGUGGUGAAGAAGCUGACGAUGAAAAAAGCCUACGAGGUCACGAUGGAGACCCACAAGUCAGGGAAGGCGACGGUGACGCAGGCGUGGAAGAGCAAGUCGGAGAGCUACUGCUUGCAAUUACAACAGUGUGGGCUGACGGCGUCUAUCGCCCCCGACAGCAAGUUCGAGGGGGGCGGCGAAGGGGCGGGGGGUAAGUUUCGAUCGGCUUUAGAAAUGACCUGCAAAUAUCUCGCAAAGAUAGUUGGCGGAACGGUUCUGAGUUUUCCUCUCUACUAG